UUGGAGAACUCUUCAAAAUUAACAAUUUGAUUGUAAACAGCGCUUCCUCUAAUUUAUAUAUACUUUGUGGUAACUUCCAGAUGUCAGUUUGUGGACUCCUUACCAAAGAGUUGUACGCUGAAGAAUUUUAUUGAAUCAUCUCUUCUUGUUUUUCGCAGAAUUGUUCCAAUUACUUAACUGAAUAUACAAAAAUAUGCUGUAAAAUCAUAUUUUGAAGCAUACAUUCUUCAUAAAAUUUUGUUUUUUGCAUAUCAGCUACCAAAUUCAACAAAAUAAGUCUUAAAUAAAAUUACUGAAAUGUCAUCUGCAAUAUAUUUGGAAAACUACUUAGAUGGUUUAGAAUCGCUACCUACAGAGCUAGAGCGUAAUUUUAAGCUUAUGCGUAAGUUAGAUGAUCGGGCUCAAACUGCUAUGAAGAGCAUUGACAGUCAUGCAAAAGAGUUUAUGCGAAAAUUAUCAAACAGCGGCAAUGCAAUGAGUGAUGAGGAACGUAAAGAAAGGCUACUUGAUAUUCAAUCGCUAUUCGGUAAAGCAAAGGAGUACAGUGAUGAUAAAGUUCAGUUAGCAAUCCAAACGUAUGAACUUGUGGAUAAACAAAUAAGGCGUUUAGAUAAUGACUUGGCAAGAUUUGAAGGUGAAAUUCAAGAAAAAUCUGUAUCUGUACGAAGUAAAUCUGAAGAAGCCAUUUUAAAAAAGAAUCGGAAAAAAACUACUGAGGCUAAGGUGACUGGCAAGAAGCGACGCCCUUCUUCAUCAGAAGAUGACUUAAGAACAAAUGCACCAGGUAUAAGUGGCAGCAUAGCUGGAGUACAAGGCAGCAAAAAAAAGAAGCAGAAAAUAAAUACUGAAAAGGAAGUUCGACGUAAAGGCAUUAAGAAAACGAAUGAUGUGAAUGACUCAGAGAAAGAAUCAUGUCAUGCUUCAAUUACACAUCCUGCCGAUGUUUUAGAUAUGCCAGUGGAUCCUAACGAGCCAACAUAUUGUCUUUGCCACCAAGUAUCAUAUGGCGAAAUGAUUGGUUGUGACAACCCAGAUUGUCCUAUUGAAUGGUUUCAUUUUGCAUGUGUUGGCCUCACAACUAAACCAAAAGGAAAGUGGUUUUGUCCAAAAUGUACACAAGAUCGAAAGAAAAAAUAAUUGUUAUAAGCAAUUGUUACGUUUCUCUAGUUUUAGUUAAUAUUUUGCCUUAAUUAAUAAGAAUAUACAGUAUCUUUUUAUCUAUAAGAUUCACAUACAUUGCAUAUGUUUACAUA